CCCAGCGUCUCCUUGCGUGUUAGCGGGAGGGCUCUUCCCGGGUUAGCCUGUUGUCCCCAGCAGCGGGGGCUCCCGGCCGAGGAGGAGGAGGAAGAGAAAGGCUUUCUUGCAUUCGUGGCUUUGUGGCUCAGUGUGUGUGUGGUGCGUGUGUCUGUUUCGGAGUGGGGGCGGGGGUUGUGCCUGAACCAGUUAGGAAGAAUGACUCUGGAGUCCAUCAUGGCGUGCUGCCUGAGCGAGGAAGCGAAGGAAGCCAGACGGAUCAACGAUGAGAUCGAGAGGCAGCUUCGCCGGGAUAAGCGCGACUCCCGCCGAGAGCUCAAGCUUCUGCUCUUGGGUACAGGAGAGAGUGGUAAAAGCACAUUUAUUAAACAGAUGAGAAUCAUCCAUGGAUCAGGAUACUCUGAUGAAGACAAAAGAGGGUUCACAAAGCUGGUGUACCAAAAUAUAUUCACAGCAAUGCAAUCUAUGAUCAGAGCUAUGGAUACACUCAGAAUUCCAUACAUGUGCGAACAUAAUAAGGCCAAUGCACAACUCGUCCGAGAAGUUGAUAUAGAGAAAGUGUCUUCAUUUGAGAAUCCCUACGUAGAUGCCAUAAAGACUCUAUGGAAUGAUCCUGGAAUACAGGAAUGCUAUGACCGACGAAGGGAAUAUCAGUUGUCAGAUUCUACUAAAUAUUAUCUUAACGACUUGGACCGUAUAGCAGAUUCUGGCUAUCUGCCUACUCAACAAGAUGUGCUUAGAGUUCGAGUUCCAACAACAGGAAUUAUUGAAUAUCCAUUUGACUUACAAAGUGUCAUUUUCAGAAUGGUGGAUGUGGGAGGCCAAAGAUCAGAGCGGAGAAAAUGGAUACACUGCUUUGAAAAUGUCACAUCUAUCAUGUUUCUAGUAGCCCUUAGUGAAUAUGAUCAAGUUCUUGUGGAAUCAGACAAUGAGAAUCGGAUGGAAGAAAGUAAAGCACUAUUUAGGACAAUUAUCACAUAUCCCUGGUUCCAGAAUUCUUCAGUCAUUCUGUUCUUAAAUAAAAAAGAUCUUCUAGAGGAGAAAAUAAUGUACUCCCAUCUAGUUGACUAUUUCCCAGAGUAUGAUGGACCUCAACGGGAUGGACAGGCAGCACGAGAAUUCAUCUUGAAGAUGUUUGUGGACCUGAAUCCAGAGAGUGAAAAAAUUAUUUACUCACACUUCACAUGUGCCACAGACACAGAGAACAUCCGCUUCGUCUUUGCUGCCGUCAAGGACACCAUCCUACAGUUAAACCUGAAGGAGUACAACCUGGUCUAACUGUGCCUCUGAGAUCUCCUUUCCCCCUUUUCCCUUUCGGGCAAUUGAAGAUAUUCAAGAGGGACUGUAUUAUCUGUGAAAACUAUCUGCAUAAUACUAAUUUAUUGCUGGCCUGGACUCUGUGAACAUUCUCAGAGUUUAUAGUAAAUAUUAUGAAUUUAUUUAAACUUUAAGGAGGAAAAACAAAAGAUGCUGAACUACAUUUGCAGCACAUUUCCUCAGUUUUUUAGUCAAAACCUUGUGACAAUAUGUGUUUUAAAUUCGCAGUCAUGCACUCACAAAGGAUAGGGGCUUGGGGUAAUUUUUUAAAUUAUUAUCAUUAUUAUUAUUUUGCUAGCAAAGCAAAAUCAAGUUGGUGUCUCCCUUGACUCAUUUUUCUUUCUUUAAGGUACAAUAGCCUCCCUGCCCCCCCCCAAGUUUCAUUCCUUGAUAGAAGUGCUUCUCUAAGGUGACAUAGUCAGGAAAAUGCUUUCAACUAGAAUUUAAGCCAUCAGUUGUUCUGAUUUUUCAGUAAAUACUGUUCGAAGGAUCAAACUUACUAAUACUCUGAUUUUUUAAAAAAUUCUUGGCAAAGAUGUCAGAUACAUCUGCUUCUUAGUACUGUCUUUGCACUGAAGGCCUGGAGUGUUGUUAAGUGGGAACAUUAAUUGUAGCAGUGUUAAUGGAUUUUACCUUUUUUAUACCAUUGAAAGUCAGAAAACUGCACAGAACACAAUGACAAAAUUACUAAGACACAAAACAGAUUAAAGAAAUAGGAUAGGUGUGUUUGUUUUUUAAACUGCUAUGUGCCAUUACGUUUUUAUUCUUUUGGAACUGUACUUAUUUUCUAAUCACGAAUGCCAAACAAAUAUGUCAUGGACACUACAGUAGCUUGGAAGACUUUUUUUUUAGAUCUCCUAGAUAUCUCGCCAUAAUUUCAAACCUAUUUUUACUGUCUACAAAAUAUCAUGUUGCCAAAUCUGGCUUUUUAAAAAGUUAAUAAAAAUGAUAACUUCAAAAUGUAAAAUACUGAGUAAAAUGCCAAGUUAACAGAUUGGGAAUCUGUCUGAUUCAGACAACUGCCAAAUAAUCUGCAACUAGAUAUCAACUUCUCUGUGCCCUCUUUGUAUAAGGAUGCAUUCCAUUCUCAAUGCCAAAAAAAGCUGUGUGAGUAAAAACGUUAUUUGGUGCUAUAUACACACAUGCAAGUGGUCUAUUAAUAUAAAGUCAGUUUUCUCUUAUGUCUAAGGUGGCAUAAGAUUGCACAGUGUUUUUCCCCCUUUAGGCACGUUUAAUUGCAAAAUACAAAAUGAAAGUAAAGCUUCCUUGAUACAGUUACUUAAUAAAUACAUUUGAAGAGGAGAAAGGUAGGAGCCUUUCUCAGAGCAUUUAAUGUAUUUGAAACAGCUGAAUAAACCAUGUUGGAAGGCUAGGUAUUUAACAAGACAAUGAAAAAGAAAUUACUGCACAUGUCUUUUUUUUUUUUUUGCGUGCCAUGUUGAAAGACAAUUUUUAAAACAGCCCUGAAAAUAAGAUUGCUGUCAAGUUGUUGAGUUGCAAAUGUGGGAUAGAGGGGUCAAAUAUGAAAUUGGAAUUUUUUUACAACAAAAAUCAUGAUGCAACACAUAAGUUUAAAAAAAGUGUUCAGUGGUGUUUUUGGUGAAGAAAGGAAGUGAGAACAGCUAAUUAUUUGAGUACCAAAGUUUAACUGAGGGUGCAAUUUAACAAGCGUUUGUUUCCAUUGUAUUGGCGCAGGACUCCCAUUUAAAUGAAUAUGUGUGCUGCCCGCAGCAGGGCUUGGUGGAUAGCCCUCAGUGAAUGUGAAUGAGAUUACAGUUACCCUUUCUCACCUUCACAAAAAAAUAAUAAAAAGUUGGCCUUUUUAUGGUUCCCUCAUCAUGAAACAUCUUGUAAUUUAAAAAUGGUUGUAGGUAUAGUGCAAUUAUGAAUGCUAUAAUCAUUGUACAUACAUCUUAUAUACAUAUACACACACACAUAUAGAUAUAUAUAUAUAUAUUGCAGAAUCCAUAUUGGCUUUGUAAUCAUUAAUUUUUGGCAGAUUGAAUGUGCUGUAUUGAUAUGUAUCUAUGUAACUGUAAUGUAUGUCUUAUAGAUAAUUCACAUUUUAAAUAAUGUUAUUUUAUUUACUUUUUUAAGAGAGAAGAAUGUAAAUUUUUGUCAGUUUAUUUCUGACUAGGGUUUUUUAUUUUUAUUUACAAAAAGAAUUAUAGUGCAGAGCGGUACUGUUAUGCUGUGUAAAGUCAUUUGCACAACCCUGAGUAGAGGUAAACAGAAAACACACACACAAGGUUAUUGACUUUGCAAUACAAGUUUUCAAAAGAUUUCUCUAAGAGGUAGUACACAGCUUUGUUGGAAGAACUUACAAUGUAUGCUGUUGGACUACAUUUUACUUUGGCAAAUGAAAAGCAGAUUAGCUUUUA